UAUGAUCCUUGUGACCUAUUAACAACCUAGCCACCGAUGGAGUAUGUCCUCUGGCGCAUUAUAACCCCCAAGGUUGAGAAAUGAUUCCCACGCGCUUGGUUAAGUCAUCAAUAGACCCCUCACCUGGAAUGAGGCAGAAUUAUCCCAACUUCUGCGCUCUCAAGCUGUUAUCGAACUGGGAUUCUGGUACGAAAUAACAGAGACUAAAAGUUUGACUAUAUUGGACAAUGCUAUCUAAACGAUAUCCGCCUACCUAUUACUUACACGUCUCUGCAUUGGCCUGAUCAAACUCGGUAGUUUUGAUCAGGUUCCCAGACAACACCACGUGGAGGUUGCAGAGGCCGAUUUCGUUGUCCGCGGCAUCGAGCCCUGCAGAAUACUACAGAACAAGAGCGCACCUAGGUAACAUAGCAUAAGAGCCUGCUAUCCCGUGGAGGGUUUCCCACUGAGCGAGACUAGAGUCUCGACUUUUGAUGUUCGGCCUUGCGCAGCAGAGCUUGUGGCUCCACAGACGCCGGUAUUAUGAGUACCACGGCUCCAAACGUUGGAUUUUGGCCUUACGUCCGCAGAGUUUUGGCUCCGCAAACGCCGGUAUGGUAAGUACCGCGGCUCAAAUGUCUCCGAUUGAGGAAGGCUGGAAUUCUCUGCCAUGGUCAAAGUAGAAUAAUGGUCUACCUUUGCCAGGUAG